UGCAAAUGACGACUCCACACGAACCAAAGGCUUUCCUUCCAAAGCAGCUCAUACACUUCCCCAUGCGUUUGAUUGCCACACUCACGUUAAACCCGCCAAACCAAUGCGUUCCACGCGUCACCCAUGAGGUUCUACCUUCUUGGGCUUUGAAUCUCAACCUCUCAAUUUCUGAAACCUCAAUCAAUCUCAGCCGCCCUCACACCUAAUAGCGAAAACCCCAAAACUUCCUCGUCUGCUCCGCUUCCCCGCCGGUUCCCAAGAACCAGAGACCCCCUUCCACCACUCAAAAACAGACCUAUAAAACACGUUCCCUUUGUGGCUCUCUCUAAUCGCCCUCCAACCCAAACACCAAUCCAUCUACGAGAAACGCCAAUGUUUAGUUUCCGCCAGUUGCAUGAGUGGGGAAACGUCUGAGUUAUGGAGACAACUUGUGUUAUUCAAAAACCCCAAAAGAAGCAGAAACUGAAUGAAGAAGAUGACAUAGAUGGGAACAGAAAAUGCUUAGGAAACUUACCUGAGGAGAUUCUUCGACACAUCAUUUCCUUUCUUCCAACAAAAGGUGCUGUUAAGACUAGCGUUCUUUGUAAAAGGUGGGAGUACCUAUGGACUUCAAUUCCUAAUCUAGAUUUUGACUUGUUACGAUUGUCGCCCGCUGAGAGAAAGCGUAAGAGAACGCUUUUUAUGAAUUUUGUGGAUAGGGUUCUUUGUCUUCGUGACUCCCCUGUUCUAAAACGAUUCACUGUCCGUUUUGAUGUGCUAAGUGAUGCAUCUCGUGUUAAUGCGUGGAUCUCUGAUGUAAUAAGGCAUAAUGUUGAAGAGUUGUAUAUUCAGCUUGUCAAGUUCAAGGGAGAAUCUUCACUGCCUCAUUGCUUGUUUACUUGUAAGACUCUCACAAGCUUACGUCUUGAUAUGCCCUAUAUCCUCAAGCUUCCCACCACGAUUUGCUUCUCAAAUCUAAAGAUCUUGGCUAUGAAAAGUGUAACGUUUUCAGAUGAGCACUUAAUCUAUCGUUUUUUUUCUGCUCUAACAGUCCUUGAGAAGUUGGAAUUAUAUGGUUGCAGCUGGGGGGAUCUCAAAGUAGUGGGUAUUUAUCUUCCCAAGCUUCAUUCUCUGAGCAUACGUGAAUUCGAGGAAAGUUAUGGGGAUGAUUGUAUGGUUAUUAUUUUAGGAAACAGUCUCAAAGAAUUUUAUUACAAGGGUUUAAUGUUCAGCAAAUAUGGCUUUUAUGAGCCAGUCAAAAUGAAAAUGGCACAUAUUGAUAUCAAAGCUAAUAGAAAAUCAGAUCAAAUUACUCAUAACAGGUAUAAGAAGCUUCUUACACAGUUCUCCAACGUAGAAUCCCUGAGAAUUUCCUCUGAGAUUCUAAAAUAUGCAACAAAAGUCCCACCCCAUAUGCCUCUGUACAAUAACUUGGUGGAACUGGUAUUCUUCUAUUCGUCAGUAGAUCUUGACUGUGAAGCAGUACUGAAUUUGCUGCAAGGAUCUCCUUGUCUUCAGAAUCUGGAAUUUUGGGGGGGUAUCCGUCUCUCCUCAAAUUGUGAACAAGAUGAUUGGAUAUUUGACUCAGUGCCUUCAUGUUUCUUGUCACACCUCAACCGGAUUAAAGUUGGUAGGUAUCAUGGAUCGAAGGAGGAGCUUUCUGCAGUAAAGAUUUUGCUCAAGAAUUCUGUUGUCUUGAAAGAAAUGGUUAUAACUUGCAAAGAAUAUUUUGCAAUGUACGUAGAGGAGCAAGAUCAUUUUACAUGGAACCUAGAGAAGCAAGAGAACCAAUACAAACAGUUGAUAGAGCUAUCUAGAGGGUCAAAAAAUUGCAAAAUAGUCUUUUUAUGAGCUUUUGCUCUAAAAAAAAAAGGGAUUAAAUUAAUGUAUUUUGGAAGAUGUAAAAGUAUUGCUAGCUGGCUUUCUACCUUA